CCUCUCGCACUUCACAAAGUGUACAUCAAAGCAAACCAAUUAAGCAAAAGAUGCGUGUUUUUGUUGUGCUAGCUCUUAUCGCACUUGCCCGCGCUGAUGUUGGCGGUUACAACUAUGGACCAUCAUCAGGCGGUUCAAUUGGCGGCGGUUCCAUUGGUGGUGGCUCGAUUGGCGGUGGUUCAAUUGGCGGUGGUUCUAUUGGCGGCGGAGAUAUAGGUGGAGGUUUCAUUAGUGGUGGAAGCUCUUUCGAUGGAGGUAUUGGCGGUGGUGAUAGUGGCUCAAUUGGCGGCGGUUCCAUUGGCGGUGGUUCCAUUGGCGGUGGCUCAAUUGGCGGUGGUUCAAUUGGUGGUGGCUCAAUUGGCGGUGGUUCAAUCGGUGGUGGUUCAUUCGGUCCAGCUCAAGGUGAAUUAGUUAAAGAAUUCUACUCAUUUGAUGCUCCAGAAGGUGAAUUUGAAGAUCACAGCCCAUUGGGUGAUCUCUCCUCAUCACUUAAAAAGAACUUACGUGUUAUCUUCAUUCGUGCACCUGAAAACAAUGGUCUCUCCAACGCUGCUCUUAACUUGGCUAAAUCAGCUGGUGACAGCAGAACCGCCAUUUAUGUACUUACAAAACAAGGUGAUGUUUCAGAUUUGGCUAAGAAUCUCCAAAACAUCAACAAUCAAAAUGCCAACAAACCAGAAGUACACUUCGUCAAAUACCGCACACCUGAAGAUGCUGCCAAUGCUCAACGUACCAUUCAACAGCAAUACGAUAAUUUGGGUGGUGUUUCCCACUCUCAUAAUGGUGGUGUUGCUCCAGUUUUGGACUUCGCUUCCAAGGCACAACAACAUGGCGGAAAUAAUGGCGGUAUUGGUGCUACAGUCGUUGGCGGUGGUGCAGGUGGUUAUGAAAAUAGUCCAGCACCAGCUCCAGCUCCAGUUCCAGCUCCAGCACCAGUCAGCAGCUACAUUCCACCAGCUGCACCCAGCAACACAUACUUGCCCCUUAUUAAAUACUAGGAAACGCUCACGCAUCUCAAAAUUGAUUAGUUUUGUGAACUGUUUUUAA